GUUUCGCUUAGCUGUCCGCAUUAUAUACGCCGCAUAACAGAGGCUUCUGACUAAAACUGGCUAAAAAUGUCGUCCUGCAGAUGCAGGCGUCCGAUUCUCGCAGUUUGAGGCGUUACGCGCUAAGGGAGCGUCUUUAAAGUGAAGCAGAAAGGAUGCCUGGUGCUGAAACCAGUCAUGCGCAUCGCGUCCUCUCCUCCCUGAACCAGCAGAGGGCAGCAGGGAGAUUCUGUGAUGCUGUGCUUAACUUGGGAGAUGGGGUGCUUUACCAGGCUCACUGCAACGUCCUAGCCUGCUUCAGUGAUCUGUUUGAAGUGUCCAUCUCAAACCCCACUCAACACACAGAGUUUGACCUGCAGGGUUGCCCCAGCGACGGCCUAGAGCUGCUUCUGACCUUUGUCUACAGUGGAGAGCUGAAGCUGGAAGUAGACAAUCUGCAGAAAGUGCAGCAAGCAGCAACCAGCCUAUGUGUGCCUGAAGCCCUUGCCCUCUGUAAGCAGUUCCAAGUAAACUCCGGAAACCCCGUCGCUUUGAAACGGAAAAGAGGUCGACCCAAAAAAGGUCAAACAGAUGCUGUCAAGGAGGAGAACUCUCUGAUGGUCCCGGCAGAAGAGUUCAGUUCUGCAGGCAGUUUUAGCUUAGUGGAUGUUGCUGUUGCUCCCACAACCACCACCACACGCUCUGGUCGAGUAGUGAAGGGCCCUAAGAGGCUGGUGACCGCUGAUGCCAGCCCCACAUUGGAUCCCAAAGCUGUUCUCACUCCUGUGGAGAAGGAGACGUCUGAAGGUGUUGUUGAAAAUGUAAAAUCAGAUCAACCAGCUGCUGAGUCUGAGGUAGUAAAGCUGAAGAUCCACGCAGAUCCUGGCAGUGAUAUCCAGGAAGCAGAUGAAACUGCAGCCGAGGUGGAGGAAGCAGGAGAUGAUGACGGGGGUGAACUUGAAGGUAUCGUUGAUGACACAGAUGAGGAAUAUUUACCUCCGGCUGAGUCUGGCUCUGCAACGUCGCCUGCAUCUACAGGACAGAAACGGAAACUCCAGAGUAAAACAAGCAACAGCAAGAACGAUGAUGGCGUAGAGGAGUGCUCCAACAAAGGCUCAGUGCAGUGCCCUGUCUGCCUGAAAUCCUUUAAAAGCAAAUAUUACCUCAAAGUCCACAACAGGAGGCAUACAGGGGAGAAACCCUUUGCUUGUUCUAAGUGUGGAAAGAGUUACUUCAGGAAGGAGAAUCUGUCCGUGCACGAGAGCAGAGGCUGCGCUAGAGUAUCAACGUACAUCUGUUCCACAUGCUCCUUGAGCUUCAACACGAAGGAAGAGCUCCGAGUGCAUGUCGUCUCCCACACAGGAGAGAUGCCACACAAGUGUUCGACAUGUAAUGAACAGUUCAUGUACAAGAAGAACUUGACGAUGCACCUGAUGAAGGUCCAUGGACAUCCCAAACCACAUGCAUGUCCACAGUGUCCCAAAACCUUCCUAACUCGGACCGAGCUGCGCGUCCACGAAGCGGCCAAGCAUCGAGGCGAAAAGCCAUUUGUGUGUGAGGAGUGUGGCCAUCGAGCUUCCAGUCGAAACGGCCUGCAGAUGCACAUCAAAGCCAUUCACAGGAACGAGCGGCCCUUUGUGUGUAACAUAUGUGGCCACGCCUUCUCCCAGAAGAACAACCUCAGCAUGCAUCUCCGUGUGCACAGUGGCGAGAGGCCUUACCAGUGUCACCUCUGUGGGAAAACUUUCAGGACGCAAGCGAGUCUGGAUAAGCACCACCGUACACACACUGGUGAGCGACCAUACGGCUGUGACAUCUGCGAUUGGCGCUUCACCGAGAAAGGCGCUUUGCUCCGCCACAAGGCCAGCAAGCAUGAGGAGGGCCGACCACACUGCUGUUACAUGUGUAACAAAACAUUCAAAGCGCUGCAGCAACUACGUGUCCACCUGCAGCGCCACAGAGGCAUGAGGAAGUUUGAGUGCACUGACUGCGGCUACAAGUUCACCCGACAGGCACAUCUACGACGACACGUUCAGAUCCACAAACGCACAGAGAACUACAAUCCCAGGCAGAGGAAGCUGAGAAACCUCAUUGUUCAGGAAGUCGAUGGAAAUCCUGAUGAGAGCGAAGCCACUCAAUCUACCAAGGCUCAUGUCACCGAGUGCAGCCCAGCGCCGGCUGCCAGCCAGCCAGCCGCCAACAACGGCUCGUCUCCAGGCAUCGGAACCUGUCAUGACGCCGCGAUGGAGGAGGUGACAUCCAAUGAGAGGGAGCGCAGUGAGACGGGGGAGACUUUCACUGAGCUGCACCAAACUCAGCUAGUCAGCGAGACGUUUGAGUCCACAAUGGGCAUGGAGGAAUAGCUCUGCUAAAACACACUCAGUCAGACUGAGUGUUGUAAAGGUUUAAAUGCCAUGAAAAAUAUAAUGAAAGGGGAUGUGAGCCUUUAACCAGAAUCUGUUCAGUAAAAUGAAAGAACUGCAUGCAUAACCAUGUUGUUGGCCAGGGCUACAAUAUUUUCCGGCUUAAGCAUUAUGACUUCAGUUACAAUGGAUGUAAAUCAUUGUGGAUGUACUGCUGAGCAGACGUGUUUUUUGUUUACGUGUCAUUUGUGGAUCUUUAAAACAAUUAAAGUCCACAUGAAAGAAUGAAAUAUAAUUAGUUUAAAUUUACUAUGGACUUGUGUGAAAACAACUUUUCUAAUGAUAAAACCCCAGAGAUUAUCGUAACAGCAAGGCAAGUCUUUUUUCUUUUACUCACUCAGUUUUAGUACUUAGCUAUUUGAUAAAAUUCCUCAAAAUGUUUUUUGCUGAUGAAAACAUGUUUUCCAUCUAAAGAAAAAUACUUACAACUCUUUUUAUUGUAUUGAUUCAAUUUCAAUGUUUUUGUGUGACAGCUCAAUGCAAAGUAAAACAUAAUUGUGCUGCGGAAGGAAGAUAAUUUAUGGUGUCUUUUUUUUUCAAAAUAAAAUGAAAAGUGUGGUGUGUA